GCGCCCUGCACCUGUGCCGGCUGUGUGUGAACCAGACUGUGGCUGUGGCUCUGUGCAGAAACACGAGGUGACACCAGAGAGGGGAUUUAUCUCAUUUGAUGAUCUUGAGCGACAUUUUUAAAAGGCGCGAUCUGACUGAUCAACAGCGUUUUUUGGGAUUGGAGGUACAAAUGGAGGGAGCGCAGAUUUUAAAAUCUGCAUCUCCUCCCGACUGCUCCUCUCAAGACUCGUCUUCUCCUCCGCCAAUGGAUGCUGAGGAAGAUUCGGAUCUCCACGUAUCUCAGGCUCUGCCUCCCACCAUGUGUGUUAUCUCUGCUCCACCACCACCACCACCACCUCCUCCUCCUCCACCACCUCCACCACCACCACCACCACCACCUCCUCCUCCUCCCUCGGCCUUUGGCUCUCGUAAUGUCCAGAGGAGAUCCAUGAAGAAGCUGAACUGGGACACCCUCCCCAGCCAGCGUGUCCUGGGCAAGCUGAAUGUGUGGACGUGCAAGCGGACGCAGAGGGACCUGGUGCUGGACAUCCGGAGCAUGGAGGAGUUGUUCAGUCACGUGGACAAACGGGCAUCGCUGCGCCACUCCAGGGUCACGGGUGUGAAGAGUGGCGACGGCGUGGACUUCCUCCCACAGGAGCCACAGGUCACAAUCCUCGACUCCAAAAAGAGCAUGAAUGUUGGAAUCUUCCUGAGACAUUUCAAGAGGCCGGUGACAGAAAUGGUGCAGGACAUUCAUCAAGGUAACUGGCUCAGAUUUGGAUCAGGGAAACUGAAAGAGCUCUGUAAACUGCUGCCAGAGGAAAGCGAGGUGAAGCAUCUGCUGUCAUUCAUUGGGAACCUCUCAGUUUUACCUGAAGCCGACCAGUUCAUGGUGCAGCUGGUCAAAGUGCCGGGCUACGUGGAGCGUCUGAAGAUGAUGGUGCUCAGGGAGGAAUUCUUCCCUCUCAUGGAGGAGGUGAAGAGCUCUGUCGCUGUCAUGACCAAAGCAGCCAACGAGUUGUUGGACUGCGAUGACCUCCACUCUGUCAUCCGGCUGGUAUUGAAAGCUGGGAAUUACAUGAACGCUGGUGGUUACACUGCCAACGCCAUCGGCUUCAGGAUGACCUCUCUGCUCAAUUUGGCAGACACCAAGGCCAACAAGCCGGGCAUGAACCUCAUGCACUAUGUUGCCAAGCAAGCAGAGGACAUCGAUGCCGAGUUGCUGACUUUUCCCAGCCAGCUUGAACACAUCGGGAUGGCAGCAAGGAUCUGUAAAGAGGAAGUCGUCGCCGACUUCGACCGAGAGAUGAAGAAGGUCAAAGAAGUGAGGUUGUACAGCAGCAGACAGACGGGCCUCUUACAACACAUGGAAACAUUUCUCAUGAGGGCUAAUGCCAUGCUGGCCGAUGUGGAGUCCUCUCUCCAAGAGCUGAACUCGCUGAGCAACGCAGUCGCCGAGUACUUCUGUGAAGACCCGGCGACCUUCAAACUCGGGGAGUGCUGCUCCAUUUUCCACUCCUUUUGCAAGCGGUUUGAUAAAGCAGUGCAGGAGAACCAAGACCGAGUGGAGGCAGAGCAGAGGCGCAGGCGGAAAGAGAGCAUGCGUUUUGCAGCCAAGCGACGCUCCACAGUGUCCGGUCCUGGUCCUGAGCCCGAUCAGGACUCGGCUGCCUUGGAGUCGGCCUUGCACAGCUUUCUGUCCACCGCUCCAGAAGGCCUAGCCAGAUGUAGGAGGAACAUGCUGCCUCGGAUAGAAGGAUCGCCCUCUAGCCAAGGUUCCGCGUUGCCCCCAUCGGCAGAAAAAGACCAGACUAGAUCUUCUACCAGACACGAGCGAGCAGCAGAGCUGGAGAACAAAGAGGAGGCUGAGAUUAUGCGCAAGAUUACUCACAGGGUGCUUAAAUACCAGAAGAGCCAAAGCAGUCUUGAUGGGGACAGAGUUUCAGGGACUCCUCGUCGCUCAGAGAGAGUGCAGGACACUCCAGCUACCCCGAGCACCCCCCGGCCUAGAACCAGAAACUUCUUUUUCGCCAACAACGGGGAUAUCGGCUCCCCGUGGACAAUCCUGAGCCCAUUGACGUCCUCACAAAGAAGAGAAGCGCACCGCCAUAGGCUGGCACUGCCAUCUGGUGGCGAAGAUGAUGAUGAUGGUGUGUGGAAGAGUGAUGAAGGCAAUUUUCUUCCCAAUCCAGCCGGUCCAAAGUCUAAACCCGGGAGUUCUGCGUCCGUCUCCGACGGCCCUCAGCAGAGAGCUGCGUCGCAGGCUCCGAUCAUCAGGUCUUUGUCCAUGGAUGAAACGAGGCCAUCUCCGUUAUCUCGCUUCCGGCUGGGGGACUUGUUCCAGAGGUCUUACUCCACGGGUUCAAGGGCAGAAAAUAUGGGGGAAGACGUUUCACUGCAUCACAGUACGCUGAGGAAUCACAUAGAAGGACAAGAGAGCAGCUCUGGGUUUAAGUCCUUCUUCCGGCGGAUUGGAGGCAGAAGCAAGCCUGGUGAUGUGGAAGAACAACAACACCUCACAGGACCUUAGAACUUUUAAUUUUUAUUAUUUAAUUAUUAUUUUAGAUGGUCCGUUUUUGUUCGCCGUCAUGGUUUUAACGAGGCAACCGGGGACUUGCUUUGAACUGGGAAAGGCUUCAAUUUUUGGAAGUCGGACCACGUUCAAAAAUUGCAACACAUUUCUCUCUUUUCUGUCUUUUUGUGUCCAACCUUUUUUUUAAAUCAGAAUAAUUAUUAUUAUUAUUAUUAUUAUUAUUAUUUACUUGAAAAUUGAAUAUGCACUUAUAUUAAAUUUACCUCUUGUGUA